ACUCAAAACCCACCAAAGCUCAAACUCACUUGUUCCACACGAAAAGUUUGCUUCUUUGCACUCAAAUCUUGAAGCUUUUUCGUUUUAAAUUCCAUGGCUUUAACCCUAAACUCAAAACCCACAAUUUCUUUAUCCUCUUCUUCAUUCCAUCACCAUCCUCCUCCUCCUCCUUUCUCCGCCAAUUUUUCACCCAAAACCCAGACUUUUACCACAAGAAUCCAUAACCUUCAGUACCCAUCAGUCAACCUCACCUUCUCCAGAAGAUCGUUCAUUCUCCCUUCAGUCUCUGGAAUCUGGGGUGCUUUAACCGGAAAUAACAAUGCCAGAGAAGCUGUGAUUGCUAUAAGACGUGGAAUGUUACUGUUUAGGCAGGGUGAUGUUCCAGGAUCUUUAGCUGAAUUUGACAAGGCAGUUGAAUUGGAUUCCCGACAAAAGGCAUAUCUUUGGCAAAGAGGGUUGUCAUUGUUCUAUCUUGAUAGGUUUGAAGAAGGUGCAGAGCAGUUUAGAUUAGAUGUUGCUCAGAACCCUAAUGAUACCGAGGAAUCGAUAUGGUGCUUUCUCUGUGAAGCUCAAUUAUAUGGAGUAGACGAAGCAAGGAGGCGCUUUCUCGAGGUUGGCAGAGAUCCACGGCCCGUCAUGCUGGAAGCUUAUAACAUGUUUAAAGAUGGAGGUGAUCCAGAAAAGCUUGUUGCUGCAUUCACCACCGGCCCGGAGAAUUUCUAUGCUUCUUUAUAUGCAGGACUUUACUACGAAUCUCAGAAGAAACCCGAUGCAGCCAAAGUUCACAUACUUUCAGCAUGCAACUCUCCUUAUGGACAAAGGUCCGAUGAUUACAUGGCUUCCCUUGCCAAAGUUCAUUGUCUUUGUCGAAACUGGAGCUCCGAGUGAUGUCCCUUGCUCAACCUCAGUAAAACAAACUCCGCUGCUGGUUUUGGAGCGAAAAAUCGUCAUAAUCACACGCCACUUAUGUCAGGGGAGUUGGAGUCCGAGAUCAUAUGUGAAUACCGAAUAGCUCUAUCUGUAUAUUUCUAUGUUAAAUAUUCUCAGAAUGCAGUGUUCUUGAGGACCAAAGAAGACUAAUCCGCAAAGGAAUGGAACUGA